CACUUAGGGUUCCCCAGUGGCGCUAGGGUUUUAUUAUAAGAAGAGGAGUGCUUUGGGUUUGUCUUUUAUCUCUCUGACGAAGUUGCGGAGGCGGAGAGGGCGAGGGCGAGGGUGAGGGUGAGGGAGAAGAGAAUGGCUCGGAUCAAGGUGCACGAGUUACGGGGGAAGUCGAAGACAGAGCUGCUGAGCCAGCUGAAGGACCUGAAGGCGGAGCUGUCGCUUCUCCGGGUGGCGAAGGUCACCGGCGGCGCCCCCAACAAGCUGUCGAAGAUCAAGGUGGUCCGGCUGUCCAUCGCUCGGGUGCUCACCGUCAUCUCGCAGAAGCAGAAGGCUGCGCUCAGGGAGGCCUACAAGAACAAGAAGUACAUCCCCCUCGACCUCCGCCCCAAGAAGACCCGCGCCAUCCGCCGCCGCCUCACCAAGCACCAGGCAUCAUUGAAGACAGAACGACAAAAGAAGAAGGAGAUGUAUUUUCCAAUGAGAAAGUAUGCAAUCAAGGCAUAGAGUAGGAAUAUGGACCGGACUGCUUUUUUGUUGUUCUUAUGCAUGCUUUCUAUGUUUUUAAUGAUGAUGUUAGGCUUGCUGAAUGGUGUGUCCAUGUCUUAUCCAAUGCAAUAGCAUGGAUUUUUUUUUUUUUGGACUCUUAAACGCUUUGCAAAGCAGUUUAGACAUUAUAUUAUUACUUCUUGCACCAUUUACUUCGUGGUAUAUUACUCAGUCUGUUACAGUAGCAAAACAGCUUGGACAGUAUAGCUGAUGCCAAUUCGGCUGGAUUA